UCGGUUGCAUUCCGCUCGACACCUUCAGACGCAACGGAUCAGCGAAGCAUCCGACCCAGCAGCUUACGCGUGCUUUGCCAAGCCUUUGAAAGUGAUUUUACUCCACUCUACCUCGGCGACCAUGAAGCAAUCUUUGGCGGCGGUCCUAAUCUUUGCAGCGUUCGCUGCCAACGUGCAGGCGGUGACGGUGGACGUCUACUAUGCCCACCUUUGCCCGGACAGUGUGCGCUGGGUGCAGAAUCAGCUGCUGACAUUGAAUCCGACGCUUCUGAACGCCAUCACCCUUGACUUCAUUCCGUUCGGCAAAGCGCAGAGCGUCAACAAUGGCCAGAGCUUCAUUUGCCAGCACGGUCCGGCCGAAUGUGAGGGCAAUCGUGUGCAAUCGUGUGUGCUCAGCCUGCUGCCGACCCAGCAGGCCCAGGUGAACUACGUCGGAUGCCAGAUGAGCUUCACCGCUGAUCCACGCGGCUGGGAGUGUGCCUUCCGUUCGGGCGUUAAUCUUAACGCUGCCGAGCAAUGCGUUGAGGGUACGCAGGGAACGACCCUUCAGCUUGAGGCGGAGCGUCGCACGCAGCUCAUUACGCCGGCGUUUAUUCCAACCAUCGUGUUCAACGGCCAAUUCGACCAGGGUCUCCAGGAUCGAUCGCUGACCGACUUUGCGGGCAUUAUUUGCGAACUGGCCGGACUCACCGGAGUGGGCUGUUAAGCGUCCCCGUGUGUGUUAACUGUAUCGAGCUGACGCGUAGUGAUUAACUAUAAGAAAGUCAAUCCGACUGCCAAAUAGCCGAAAAAGAACGUUUUUGAAAUUGUACAUCACUUCAAAAUAAAAACAAAAAACAAAUAAAGUACAAAAUAUUCGCAUGAACUAGGACACGCGAAACAACUU